CUCAACUUUUAAUUUGUUUAUACUGCACUGUAUAUAGGGAAGACAAGGUAGGAAGAAGCCAAGACGUACAUGUAAUUAUCUCUUGGGCACAAAAGCAACUCUCUGGGAUGGAUGCGGCAGGCAAUUCUUCUAUAAACGGGUCAUUAUGCUCUCAGGCCUUCCUCGACUCGUUCAGUUAUUCCACACUAGGAGCACUCCUCGGUUUUGCCUUUGCCAUACUCAUCUUCAUGACCUGUUUAGAGGGAAAGUGGAUAAAAUGCAAGUCUGUUAGACUAUGGCUACCAAGCAUAGCGGCGCCAGUGAGCUUUCUGGUUCGCCCAAGACAUCGGUUCAUUUACAUCCUAUUAUUUGGGCUGAUGUCCACACAAGCUCUGUUUGUGUUAUCCACUCUAAACAUACCAAACAUAUCCAACACUUACGCUAACCUCUUCUACCUAAUACUGUUGGUGCCAGCAGGGAUUGUUUUGAUUCUUUCUCUCCUUUAUUAUCCCCUCUUUGCGUGUGUGGAGACGCAGGUGCCAUUGGUGGGUCACAUCAUUGGAUUCCUCUACUCAAGCGCGUGGUUCACUCAAUAUGUGAUAGGUGACAUCAUUCGUGACUACUACCCAACCCUAUGCUCGGCUGAAUCAACUGUUGUGGUGGACGUUAGACUGAUUGUGGUAACGAUACUGACGUACCUACCGAUUGUACUCAUCAGUUUCUACAUCAUUCUGUGGUAUCUGGGUCAGUGUAUCAAGGACUGCAUUUAUUGCGCCCCAUCCAUGAGAAAUCAUGAAAUACACGAGGACAAGGAUAUAGAAGUCACUACUGGUUUGUCCAAGCACCAAAUCGAGCAUGUCAGAGAUCUCCUAAAGAAACGUCCUCAAGUGUUGCCUCCCUCCACCAAGUUCCAGUUUGUACUAUUGAAGAUCAAAGAAGAGCUCUUCCCCUACAAUAAGGAUUUUCGCUUCCCCCUGGCAUUCUCUGGGGCUCUGAUGGCAAUGAUUCUCCUUCUGUAUCAGCUGAGUUUCCUGAUUGCUUCGUUUGGUUUCAUCUUUGUGACGGAUGUAUCAGUAGACUACAUUGCUCAUGUCCAGCCUCUACUCCAGUCAGCCCAGGCUGCCGCUAACAGCACCUUCGUCAGGGAAACACUUAGAAUCACUCUGGACGUUCUCAAUGCUGGCUUCAUUGGAGUACCUGUGAUUGUUGUGCUUGCACCGUUUGUGUCUCUGAUUGUGUGUGGGUGUCUCCUGUUCCACAUGGUGGCUUCUGUGAGCAAGCAAAUCAGACGUUUUGCACGAGAAGGAUUUCAGAAAGAACUACCCUCUCCAUUUUCCAGAGUGCCAUCGUCUUGGAAAUACAUUGGCUAUCAGAUCGGCUUCUUUGUGUUCGCGUGGAUCAUCUAUGCCUUGCUGUUUAUUCUGGCUGGUAUUGCAGUUAUUAUAGUGUUCAUAUUUCUGACGGACCUGACAGAACCGACUGUAGUCGUCUUACUCUACCUCCUUCUUCCCCUGUUGUGGACCAAGGUGUUCCUUGUUCUCCAAAGUCUCAUCUGUUACUGCGUCUUCUUUGCUGAUAAGAAGGGCAAGUUUAUUGCCAUCAAAAACAGAGGACUGUUCAACUGGUUCUCGUAUCUGCUCUUUUUCUACAACGGGUUUGCUGGUUUUAUGGGAGCAGUAAUUCGGACCCUAAUGGCCAGCCUCUUUGGCCUCGUACUCCUGUUCCGGCUGGACACUGUGGUUCUAAUGAGGGGCUUUGAGACAUUCGAUUAUGGUCAUAACAGUUUCCUUGGUUUCCUGUACCUGGACUACGUGUACAACAACGCCAUUAUCCACGUGUUCUUCAAUAUCCUGCUCAACCCAGCUGCCUACAAGCAACCCAACCACAGGAACUCCUCCCUCGUCAAGCAGUACGGGAUCAAGGCUGGUGACGAUACAGCUGUCAUCACUGGGAACCAGACUCUGAAAAGUCGUAGGAUUCAUAACCGAUGGCUACUGGCCUACUCACUCCUAAACAACCCAUCUCUACAAGAGCUGCGGUGGCAUGCAAUACAGGACAAGAAAAGAGGGUCACCCACUUCACUGCUAGUACGGACUUCUUCUCCCAUUGAGAAUGAGCUGGAACCGAGUGAGAGUGUUGCGGUGGACGUGAGGUUGUCUGGUGAGCAUGGUUCCAUUCAGUUGAGGGACGGUGCUGCAGAACAAGCGUCCAAUGAGAUUGAGUUGGCAGAGAUUAGUGUCGAUAUUAAAAGUGCCGCCGUGUGACAAACAUCAUUAACAUUAAUUAUAUCUGUGUAGCUUGUGAUUGACUUUGAACCCUAUACAAACAUACUGAACUCUUACUCAUUAGCAUCAUUAUUUUUAUACGUUGUACGUCUUUGUGAAACUGUAUUAAUGAUAUUCAUGGUUUUGGUUUAAUGA